UGUAGCCCCGCCCUCUCCUCCCGGCUCAGCCAAUGGGAGCGCUCCGAUGUGAUCACGUGACUUCCCUGCUAUAUCAUUCUUUUAUCUUUAAUAUUCAUUUAAUCUUUUAAAUCCUUUUUGUUAUUAAAAACAAUAAGCACUGUAUUUGAAUUCUUUCCCAUGAUGCAUUUCCUGAAGUUUCCUUUGAAUUAAUAUAUUUUGACCCGAGGUUUGUCCCGGAUGGUGACUGCAGUGCAUCAUUUCCUUCCAAGUGUCACACUCUCUCCGGGAGUUCAUCUUCAUAUGGGGAAACCGCGCUUGCAGCGCCUCGGUGGUGAUCCGUGUGAUCGAUCUGCUGGGGCUAAUCAACUGAGAUGAGAGCGUUUUUUAAUAUAUGUACCUGACGUGGCAUUGCGUCACGGAGUGGGCGUGGCCUAUCAUUGUCAACAUCCUGGUGACAUAACGAGCUUCUCCAAAAUGGCGACAGCGGACCAAAGAGAAGAUGCAGGUCCAGACGACCCGGAGAGCGAGGACGAGGUGUACGAGGUGGUGGACCUGACGGAGUACGCCCGCAGGCACCAGUGGUGGAGCCGAGUGUUCGGGAGCAACUCGGGCCCCAUCGCGGAGAAGUACUCUGUGGCCACGCAGCUCAUGAUGGGAGGGGUGACGGGAUGGUGUGCUGGAUACGUCUUCCAGAGGGUGGGCAAGAUCGCAGCGACUGCUGUGGGCGGAGGCUUCCUUCUCCUGCAGAUUGCCAACCACAGUGGCUACGUGCAGGUGGACUGGAAGAAGGUGGAGAAGGACGUGAACAAAGCCAAGAAGCACCUGAAGAAGAAAGCCAACAAGGCCGCCCCCGAAAUCAACACUUUCAUAGAGGAGGUAAAGGCCACGGACUUCAUCAAGAGGAACAUCGUGCUGUCCAGCGGCUUCGUGGGAGGCUUCUUCCUCGGCCUGGCCUCCUGAAUCUGCCUUCUUUCAUACUGUGAACACUUCAGAGACCCCCCCUCCCCCCUCCUCAUCCAGCAUGAGCCGUCGUGACCGUGGCACUGACUCACUCUUGGGUUUUUUAUUGGUUCUGAAACUGAAGCAUGCUCUGGUUCUUCAGCUGUAAAUAAAUUGCCUUCUUUAUUUUUCCCCCUGUAAAUAUGAUCGACACGCCACCGCUGACAGUUUUUAGCACUACCGGUUUACUGAGCAUCAGCAGAAUACGUACUGUACACGGAGAGGUGGACACUGGACCAGCAGGAGGCCAGACGAGACUCCGGAGCGUUGAACAGAAGCCAGCUGCUUCCUUCUGUUACAGCUUUGCCUUUUUUUUUCUCUUUUUCAGUGCAAUAUGAAGCAGUGUUGAUGAUGUGACCCUCAUUCUUGUAUUUAAUGUUACUUUCUCCUGUGUGGAUUUGGUUCAUGUCUCAUGCAAUAAUAAAGCUGCCUGAUUUUGUUGUAAUUGA